CCUGUAUCCCAGAUGGGACAAUGGCGCCUCGAACACUGCUCCUGCUGCUGGCGGCCGCCCUGACCCUGAUCGAGACCCGCGCGGGCUCACACUCGAUGCGGUAUUUCGAGACCGCCCUGUCCCGGCCCGGCCUCCGGGAGCCCCGGUUCAUCUCUGUCGGCUACGUGGACGACACGCAGUUCGCGCGCUUUGACAGCGACGCGGAGAAUCCGAGAUAUGAGCCGCGGGCGCUGUGGAUGGAGCAGGAGGGACCGGAGUAUUGGGAGGAGCAGACACAGAUCGCUAAGGGCAGUGAGCAGAGUUUCCGAGUGGACCUGACGACCCUGCUCGGCUACUACAACCAGAGCGCGGGCGGCUCUCACACAUUCCAGCGGUUGUCAGGCUGUGACUUGGGGUCGGACGGAAGCCUCCUCCGAGGGUACUGGCAGUUCGCUUAUGAUGGCCACGAUUACAUUGCCCUGAACGAAGACCUGAAAACGUGGACAGCGGCGGACUUGGCAGCACUAAUCACCCGACGCAAGUGGGAGCAGGCUGGUUAUGCAGAGAGACACAGGGCCUACCUGGAGGGCGCGUGCGUGGCGUGGCUCCGCAGACACCUGGAGCUCGGGAAUGCGACGCUGCUGCGCACAGAUCCCCCAAAGGCCCAUAUGACCCAUCACCCCAGAUCUGAAGGUGAUGUCACCCUGAGGUGCUGGGCCCUGGGCUUCUACCCUGCUGACAUCACCCUGACCUGGCAGUUGAAUGGGGAGGAGCUGACCCAGGACAUAGAGCUUGUGGAGACCAGGCCUGCAGGGGAUGGAACCUUCCAGAAGUGGGCAUCUGUGGUGGUGCCUCGUUGGAAGGAGCAGAAUUAUACAUGCCAUGUGGAACAUGAGGGGCUACCUCAGCCCCUCACCCUGAGAUGGGAGCCUCCUCCAUCCAUGGACUCCAACAUGGUAAUCAUAGCUGUUCUGGUUGUCCUUGGAGCUGUGAUCACCAUUGGAGCUAUGGUGGCUUUUGUGUUGAAGAGCAGGAGAAAAAUAGCCAUCCUUCCUGGUCCAGCAGGCACUAAGGGACAUCUGCAUCCUGACAGCUCCAUGCUGCCCUGAGCUGCAUCUGCUCACUUCCACACUGAACAUAAGAAUCUGAAUGUGAACUCGAUUUCUCAAGUCUUUGAGCUGAGGGUUCAUUAGUGGGUAAAUUAAGGGACUGAGAAUACUCAGAGUGCUGAGGCAGAAAUAAAUGGCAGAAUGGAGAACCUUCCAGAA